AUGCCGCCUCGAAUAAAUAUUCCGCCGGUUACACGUAUCCUUCUCAUUGCUCUCCUAGGCCAGUCUAUCCUCAGUGCUGCCAUAAGGUAUAGGCAAUGGACUGCCAACGCAAACAUCGUCAUUCCCUACUUGACUCUGGUGCCGCAGUUGUCUAUUAUCUAUCCCUGGACGUUCAUAACAUCAACUUUUGUCGAGAGCAAUAUGUUUACGCUCGGUAUUGCUGCCGUAACGAUAUACCACGGGGGACGGUAUCUUGAAAGGGCAUGGUCAUCGGCCGAGCUGGCCAAGUUUGUCGCUAUUAUAUCGCUGGUUCCAAACUUCCUGACACUCUGCGUUAUGGUGCUUUGCUUCACGCUUACACGUAAUGAGAGCUGGACCCUGACUGUCAUUGCUGGGACCAUUCCCGUUCAGAUUGCUUUCCUCGUCGCUUUCAGCCAACUCGUCCCAGCGCAUACCGUAACCCUCUUCCGCGGCGUCAUAUCUCUCCGAGUUCCUCGGUUUCCUCUCAUCUACAUCGGCGCCGUUUUCCUUCUCUCUCUUACGCCUCUCCUUACCAGAGCUGCUUUGUGGCUUGCCAUCUUUGGAUUCCUGACCAGCUGGACCUAUCUCCGAUUCUACAAGACUGUAUUCCCCGACCUCGACUCGGCACAGGAAGCCUCCCUCCGCGGUGAUGCGAGCGAGACGUUUGCGUUUGCCGAGUUCUUCCCUGGUCCGGUGAAGCCAUUCGUCGCUGCCAUCGCUGAUCAGAUCUUCCUGGUGAUGGUUGCCAUGAGGUUGUGUACGCCUUUCACGCCGGCAGAUGCCUCUCGGAACGACAGCCGGAUCCAACGGACUGCCCCUGGAGGCGCUCGCGCAGAGGCCGAGAGGAGAAGAGCUAUUGCCCUCAGGGCGCUAGAUCAGAGACUACACGCCGCUACAAGCAAUCAGCCAGCGCAGAAACCAGCCCAGGCAAACCGACCGACAGGUCCAACAGUGCAAAGCCAGCCUCAGCCGGCUACACAGACUGCCAUGACAUCGUCACCCGGCCCCAUGCUUGGCGAGACCAAGUUCGAACCUGAUCAUGACGAUGCGAAGAGCUAA